CAGAACUGAGCCUCUACUUUAGUCAAUCCUCUUUGAGCUCAACAGCCCAGUUAGUAAAUCAAUGAAUUUUCGAAAGUGAAGUGAAAUAAAAACAAAUAGAGAUGGUGGAUGCUUCGACAAAGAAAAGUUUGAGUGGAAUUCCUCUCUUGAAAACAAAAGCUGGACCUCGGGAUAACGAACUUUGGCCGAAAAGGCUCCAGGAGGAAUUGACAUGUCUGAUUCAGUACACGAAGAAUAAUAAAGAAGCGGACAAUCAUUGGUUCCACUUGCAACCGAAUGAGGGUGGAACCAAGUGGUUCGGAAAAUGUUGGUUUAUCCAUAAUUUGUUGAAGUACGAGUUCGAUGUUGAAUUCGAUAUUCCUGUAACGUAUCCAAUGACAGCUCCAGAGUUGGCAUUACCAGAAUUAGAUGGGAAAACCGCUAAAAUGUACCGAGGAGGGAAAAUAUGUCUCAGUGACCACUUCAAACCACUUUGGGCUCGCAAUGUUCCUAAAUUUGGAAUUGCUCAUGCAAUGGCACUCGGGCUCGGGCCCUGGAUGGCCGUUGAGGUCCCCGACUUGAUCGAGAAAGGAGUGAUAAAGCACAAGGAUCAAUGCGACUCCAAAUAACGA